GUUCAGACAUUUUUGAACUUGAAUUUGGGGUUUAAAUUAUUGAAAUGGCGAACAGCAAGUACGAGUAUGUAAGAUCAUUUGAGGUGGAGGAUGAGAUCAUGUUGCCCAAUAUCAUCAUUGUUCGUAUCGACGGCCGUAAUUUCUGCAGAUUUUCUAAAUUUCACGAGUUUGAGAAACCAAACGAUAUGAAAGCAUUGGAAUUGAUGAAUUUGUGUGCAGACGCCGUCUUAGAGAAGUUCCCAGAUAUUAUAUUCUCUUAUGGCUUCAGUGAUGAGUACAGUUUCGUAUUAAAAAAAACGACAAAAUUUUACCAGCGCCGUGCCAGCAAGAUACACUCCCUCAUUGUAUCUUUCUUCACAUCUGUUUACGUCAACAAGUGGAAAGCACAAUUCCCUCAAAAGGACUUAAGAUAUGCCCCUUCGUUUCGAUCACGAGUUAUUGGCUGUGCUUCAAUCGAGGUUCUUCAAUCGUAUCUUUUAUGGAGACAAUCUGAGUGUCACUUAAAUAACCAGUACGACACUUGUUUCUGGCAGCUGAUUAAGAGUGGAAAGCCUGAAAACGAAGCGGAAGAAAUGCUGAAGGGCUCUCUGAAGCAAGACAGAAAUGAAUUACUCUACCAGAGUUUUAACAUCAAUUACAAGAAAGACAUCCCGGAAAUAUUUCGCCAAGGGACUUGUUCUCUGAGAACGGUUGAAGAUAUAGUGAAGUACAAAGAGGAUGGCAGUGCAGUAAAAAGAUGCAAGAGGAAGUUCACAAGAGUUUAUUCAGAAAAUAUUGCUUCUAGAAGGUUCUGGAACAACCAGUUGUGUCUUGUGAAGGAGUUGGGUCAAUUUACUGAAGAUUUAAGCAAAACCAAAUCCGAGUAUGUAAAGUCUUUCCAACACGAGAGCCGGUUGAUGCCGUCCACUUGGAUUGUUGUUCGAAUCGAUGGUUGCCAUUUUCACAGCUUUUCUGAUGUUCAUCAAUUUGAGAAGCCAAACGAUGCACAAGCUCUAAAUCUAAUGAAUUCAUGCGCCGCCGCUGUAUUGGAGGAGUUUAAGGAUAUUGUUUUUGCUUAUGGGGUUAGUGACGAGUACAGCUUUGUUUUGGACAAAGGGUCUACUCUCUGUGAAAGGCAUGCCAGAAUUAGCCUUUUUGGCCGGCCAGAUUCUGGCCACAAGGCUUUAUCGUACUAA